UCUGGGCGAAGGUUUCUGAAGAGGACUGGAACAAUGGUCUGGGCUAUUUCGCAACUAUUUUGAAGAACUGCCAAGUUGGCUUCUUACCAGAUAAAAAUGCCUUAUCAACCCUUGCUCCAUCAGACUUUCUCACCAUACUUCUUCUCCAAAGCUACUCGCAACAUGGCUCCCUGGAUAUCUUUCCUCCUCCAUCCAACCAUCAUCUUCUGCUUGAUUUUACUGUUUCUAUUAACAAAACUUUUACUGAGCAACCUCAGCUGGUCAUCUCGACGUAUGCCUCCUGGACCUACCCCACUCCCUAUCAUUGGCAAUUUGCAUUUGAUCAAUAUUACAAGGCAAGAUGUCUCAUUUAUGGAGCUUUCCAAAAAAUAUGGCCCUGUCUUCACUCUCCAUUUUGGUCGACAAAAGUUUGUGGUGCUGGUUGGCUACGAGGCGGUGAAAGAGGCACUCCUGAGCAAGGGAAAUGAGUUUAUCGACAGGCCUCCGAUCCCCAUAUUCUCACAGAUCCAACAUGGGAACGGUAUGUUCUUCUCCAUUGGAGAAGUGUGGAAGGACACCCGUCGGUUCACCUUGUCUACCAUACGGAAUCUCGGGAUGGGCACCUCAGUGAUCGAAGGAAAGAUGCUUGAAGAGCUGAAUUUCCUGGUUGAGCAGGUCAACUCCUUUAAAGGUGAGCCUUUUUCAUUGAAGGCCUUCUCUGGUGCUCCCACAAAUAUCACCUUCACCGUACUGUUUGGAGACAGGUUUGACUAUGCUGACCCAACUUUCAAGACCCUCUUAAGACUCAUUGAUGAAGUCAUGAGUCUUCUGGGGUCUCCAUCCUUACAGCUGUUUAACAUCUAUCCGUUCCUUGGAUUCCUUUUCAAACCCCAUAAAAUGAUCUUGAAAAAAAUCAAAGAAACCUGCGCCAUCAUAGAAAAAUAUUUGCGAGCUAGCAGGGAGACGCUGAGCGGGGACCAGCUACAAAGCUACAUCGACUCCAUGCUGUUCAAACAGCAGCAAGAGGGAGAGACUAGCAAGAAGAACAUCUUUCAUGACCAUAAUGUCAUGGCCUCGGUGCUUGAUCUGGUCAUGGCUGGGACGGAGACCACCGCCACCACUUUGCAGUGGGCUAUUCUGCUGAUGAUGAAGUACCCUGAGAUCCAGAGGAAGGUCCAACAGGAAAUCCAGCGAGUGCUUGGAUCAGAGCGUUUACCUGUCUAUGAAGACAGGAAGCGGAUGCCCUUCACCAACGCCAUGAUUCAUGAGGUCCAGAGGCUUGCUUCUGUUGUGCCACAGUUGCCACGCUGCACUGCCGUGGAUACCCACUUCCAAGGCUACUUUAUUCCAAAGGGAACAGCAGUGAUUCCUUCUCUGACCUCCUCGCUUUAUGACGAAACCCAGUGGGAGACUCCCUACAAGUUUAACCCCAACCAUUUUCUGGAUGCUGAAGGGAACUUUGUGAAGAAAGAUGCCUUCGUGCCUUUCUCAAUAGGACGCAGGAACUGCCUUGGGGAAAGCCUGGCCAAGAUGGAACUCUUCAUCUUUGUGACCGGAUUGUUGCAAAGGUUCAUAUUUCAAGCCCCGCCUGGAAUGAAGGAAGCAGACCUGGAACUUACGACCGAGCCCGCCUUCACUCGGAGGCCUCAGCCCUACUCUACCUGUGCCGUGCCCACCAACUAGGACCCGGUUUCUCAACCUUGGCCACUUUAAAGAGGUGCGGACUUGAACUCCCAGAAUUCCCCAGCCACUCUCCUCUCUCUCUUGACUUAAUCCAGCAUUCUGGGUGCUAAAUUAAUACUUCUGCCAUUAAAGUCUGUUGCAAAUGGGGGGAGCUGUUGUGUCCAGUCGCUAUUACCAUCCCUUUCUUGAAAAAUGAAAUGACAAAUGGAAAUUAUUAUUUAUGUAUCUGGGGAAUCAAAUUUGUGCUGUGGGUUCUGGAAAGGGUUUUUUGUGUGUGUGUGUUUUGCAAAUAAGAACAGCCCAUUAAAAACAUGUGAAAGUAGCAUGUAUAGUGGAAGGCCCAAAAUCUUGUAUAUGAAAACUUUCACUAAACCCAGUCCAUUCCUUUAAUCUUUGGGCCUCUUUGGAAAACUUUGGAGAAGUGCUAAUAUUUGGAUAUAUUUUUUUCUAUUUCUCUCCUUGACUCUGCUGCCACCUAGUGGUGACAGGAGGGCUAUGAGUGUCCGUUCCUCAGUUCUUAAUGUCUGCUGCCCCCUCCCGGCUUAUUCAUGAAACAGGAACUUGUGUUUUCAUAACCACGAUGGAGCUCGGAAAAGAGGAGAGGAACUUGACCCCGAGUCAUGGGGGUCACUUAAGACCCUCAUUCUUGGUGAUGUGCUCCUGAGGUAAGGCUCAAGCCAUGGUCGAUCUUGAAUCGGGUCAGCAUCCAAUUCUAAAAUGAACUUGUGGGGGGUGGGAGGAGGAGGAGGACUGUGGGGUCUCUGGUGCUCUCUGAGCUUGGUUGUUUUCUUACAGACCUUUCAUUACCCAAACUAGGGAACAUCAUCAGUGCUAGAAGGGAGUGGAGUUUGCAGGGAGGAGGAGGAGGAGGAGGAGAUGUUUUGGGGAUGGCAGCACAAUCUGAAAGCCAUUUAUGACUUCUCAAGAACCUUGGAAACCAAGAAAACAAAGCAACGGACCAUCGAACAGAUCAACCCAGAGUUCACACUUGAGGCAGAGAUGAUCGUAUUGUGGAUCAUUCUCCAAAGAGCUGGUUCUCUUGAGAAGUUCUUAAUACUGGGAGGAAAGAGAAGAAGGGGACAACCAGGCAGCAAAGUGGAUGGGCUCAAUUGCAGUGGCGAUGGAUGGAGACCUGAAGCACCUGGUGGAGUAUAGAUCCUCCGGAGAAGAAGAGGUGGGACCUACACAGUCAACAAUAUCAUUAUUAUCUCUUGGGAAAUGGCAGUGACAAAUUUCAUUGUGGCUGUUGGCACCAAACUCACAUUUCAAGAACAGGCUGGUUAAUGAUAACCCACCUUCAGAGAUCUGUAAGACUCUUGGUUUUAACAGAUCAACCUUCCAGAUGUUUCACUUAAGCAAGAAUUUUGAUCACGUCACCAUGGGGAUGUUGCAACGGUCGCAAGUGUGAAAAAUGGUCAAAAGUCACUUUUUUCAGCACCGUUGUAAUUCGAGGAUUAGAUGUAUUGUUUGGCUGGACAUCCCAUUUCAGCAUUCAUACAAACGUGUAACUAUUGUUUAUGACAUUUUAUUAAAGAACAAUCAUACUGGUAAA